CCCGCCCCGCCUUCCCUCUUCCUCUCGGCUCCAUAUUGAGGCUGAAGGAGGCAAAACUCAGUCACAAAAUGGAGGUUAAAAGGAGCAACUGAGUCAGAACACCCUCCCAAAAUGGCGUGUAAAGAGGAGAGAGAGGCUGAAGAUUACAAGAGGAGGGGAAGAAGAUCUUCACAGGGCCAGGAUCCUAAGGAACCAGAACAGUUGAGGAAGCUGUUUAUUGGUGGCCUAAGCUUUGAAACUACGGAUGAUAGUUUACGGGAACACUUUGAAACAUGGGGCACACUCACAGACUGUGUGGUGAUGAGAGACCCGCAGACAAAACGUUCCCGCGGCUUCGGUUUUGUAACCUAUUCUUGUGUGGAAGAGGUAGACGCUGCGAUGUCAGCUCGACCCCAUAAGGUUGACGGACGUGUGGUGGAACCAAAGAGAGCAGUUUCCAGAGAAGAUUCCGUGAAGCCCGGCGCCCACUUAACAGUGAAGAAAAUAUUUGUAGGGGGGAUUAAAGAAGACACGGAAGAAUAUAAUUUAAGAGAAUAUUUCGAAAAAUAUGGCAAGAUUGAAACCAUAGAAGUAAUGGAAGACCGGCAGAGUGGGAAAAAAAGAGGGUUUGCUUUUGUGACAUUUGAUGAUCAUGACACAGUUGACAAAAUUGUUGUUCAGAAAUACCACACUAUUAAUGGACAUAACUGUGAAGUGAAAAAAGCUCUCUCCAAGCAAGAAAUGCAGACCGCAACCGCUCAGAGAAAUCGUGGAAGCAGUUCAGGCAACUUCAUGGGUCGUGGAAACUUUGGAAGCAGUGGUGGAGGUUUUGGUGGUGGUAGAGGUGGAAGCUUUAGUGGCAGAGGAGGCUAUGGUGGUGGAGGUGGCGGCAGCGGCGGCAGCAGUGGCAGCAGAGGAAGUUACGGGAGUGGUGACGGAUACAAUGGCUUUGGCGAUGGUGGUGGGAGCUACGGAGGCGGUCCUGGAUAUGGCAGCAGAGGAGGCUAUGGUGGUAGCCCGAGCUAUGGAAGCCCAAGCAGCGGAUAUGGCGGGGGAGGUGGCGGCUAUGAUGGUUACAACGAAGGAGGAAACUUCAGUGGCAACUAUGGCGGCAGCGGAAACUAUAAUGAUUUUGGCAAUUACAGUGGGCAGCAGCCAUCAAACUAUGGGCCCAUGAAAGGAGGUGGCAGUUUUGGUGGCAGAAGCUCGGGCAGUCCCUAUGGCGGUGGAUAUGGAUCUGGAGGAGGAAGUGGUGGUGGUGGUGGGGGCUAUGGUGGUGGAAGAAGAUUCUAAAAUAAUCUAGCAGAAUGAGGGUAGGUAUGUUACAAACAAGUGCUGUAUAUGAAGACCACACAACAUUUCACUGAGAGUAAUCCUUUUCUUAUCGUGUAUUCAACAGGCUACAGUUCUUAGCAGGAGAGAGCGAGGAGUUGUCAGGAAAGCUGCAGGUUACUUUGAGACAGUCGUCCCCAAUGCAUUAGAGGAGCUGUAAAAUCUGCCACAGAAGGAGCGAUGAACCAUAGUCAGAAAAGUUACUGCAGCUUAAACAGGAAAACCCUUCUUAAAGACUGUCAUAGCCACAGUUUGCAAAGAGUGCAGCUAUUGAUUUAAUGCAAUGUAGUGUUUAGAUGUACAUUCCUGACUUCUUUUUUUUAAUUUGUUGUUGUAGCUUUGUCUCUUUUUUCUUUAUAAAAUCAGGUAUAUUGCCCUGUAAAUUUGUGGUAGUGGUACCAGAAAUUAAAAAUAAUUAAGGAACUUUUAAUUUUU